GGAGCCGCGAGCCUGCGUGACGGCAGGGCGGGCCUUUCCGUGCCGCUGCUACAGGGACACCAAGAUGGAAAUCCAGGGGCUUUCUGAUGCCCAAAACAUUCACUCUCAACAUGGCGCCCUACACAGAACAGCUUCGCCUCCGCUUCGAUCAAAGACAGGGGCAGUUUCUCGCUUUAAUUCGACCGAAAACAAAGCGGAAGGAGUUUCGGAGUCGGCGGAGCCACAAAGCGACCACGACAACAACAACAACAACAACAGGCCGAGGACAUCUUCGUUUCGCCUGCUGGCGGAAAAUGGCAGCGGGGCGGUUGGUUGCUCGCUUGUCAGCAGACGGCAACCAACGGGGAAAAGCAACGUACCGGACGAAGCGCCGAGCGGCGGGUUCCGUAACGGGAACGCGGAAAAAAGCGGUGAGCUAAAUGCGCAGUUCCCCCAGCAGGAGCUGCUGAGGACGGUGUGGAAAUACGGGGUGGAAAACGGCGAUGGCGGAAUGCAAAUGGCGCUGCCUUUAUUCGAAGGGGAAGAGGAACAGCUGCAGCAGCGGCAGUUAACGUUGCCGUUACCGCCUCCACCGGCUAGCGAGAGCACGGCCGCCCCGGGAGGCUUCAACGCGGCCAACGGGGCGAACAAAACCGCCCAGGAAUUAUAUGUCGUUUUUAAUGUCGUUCAGGAGGAUGGCAGCGGCGGCGAGGCGAGUAAGCACCGACCGGAUGUAUCAUCCAAGGACGGCGAUAAGAUAAGAGGUAAAAAGACGUUUGAGCGCCCCAAAAGUAGCGUUAGCUCCAGCGGCUCCAUGGAGGUGGAAAACACCAAUAUUCUCGUUGAACCGAGCGAUACCUUGAACUGUCUUGAAGCCAAGGCCUUGAGAAAAGCCGAGCCCGUUUGCAGUUUACUAAAUGACACUUCCUCAGCCGGGGUGAGCACUAAACAAACCGGCUACCAACAGACUGUCGAAGAUGUUCUUUUGACAAAUGAAUAUGGCGCUAAGAUGUGUGGCCAAAUUUGCACUGAAAACAAUGAAAGUAAACUGUCGUCGCAGCCCCGCAGUGAAGACAGCAGUGCCUUGAUUUCAGGAAACGCAAGCAUAGUGGAGGCCAUGGACACUUCCGACUUUAUUUCCGAUCCAGCGGGGCUGCAGGGCAACGCCAACCCGAGCACGGCCUCCACAAGCUCGCCUGCGAACGAAACCUUCUCCGGAACUAUCAUGAUAAACAACCAAAGCAUCAUAGUGACAAUAGAAAACGGGGUGCUGACUCUGGCAGCCCCACCGGAGGGCUACGUGCACAAAGAGGACGACAUGGUCAGCUUGAAGGAGCAUCUGGGCAUGAAAGACCAUGAGGACAUUGUUCUCCUGAACUAUGACAGUGGUACCAAGUCCAUAGGGAAGAUCAGCACCCUGGCGGUGUCCGGCUCUGGCCAGCAAGAGGAGCCGAGGCCCGGCUUGUCUGUAAGCGACUCUGAGCUGGCUCUAGUGGAUGACUGUGCCUUGUCAGAGCUGGGCACCUCUCUGGACUCCUGUCCCAUUAUCAAGCAGGAGGCAGGGGCGUUGUGUGCCAUAACAGAGGGCGAUCUAGUUACCCUGUCCCCCAAGGCCACCCCAGCGGACGGUGAUGGCGAGGACUUCCAGUCUGUACAUCUGAUCAGAUCCAAAAAAGAGACCGCGGUGUCCUUCAGGUGCCCUGAAACGGACUGCUCAUGCACAUUUGACUCACGGCAGAAGCUGAAGGUUCACCUCUUGAACCACGCUGAGGACCCGCGGCCCUAUCAGUGCACCGUGGAGGGCUGCGGCUGGGCCUUCGCCACCUCCUACAAGCUGAAGCGCCAUCUCCAGUCACACGACAAGCAGCGGCCGCACACCUGCCAGUUUGAAGGCUGCGGCCGGCGGUUCACCACCGUCUACAACCUCAAGGCUCAUGUCAAAGUCCACGACCAGGAGAACGCCUUUGUCUGUGAGAUCUGCAGCGAGAGGUUUCGCAGUGCAACACGGCUCACCAACCACCAGAGGAUUCACUUUGAACCCCAGAGGCCCUACAAGUGCGAAUUCCCAGGCUGUGAGAAGACCUUCAUCACCUUCAGCGCCCUCUUUUCCCACAACCGGACUCACUUCAGAGAGACGGGCCACUUCAGCUGCACCUACCCAGGCUGCGACAAGAUGUAUGACAAGGCCUGCCGCCUCAAGAUCCACAUGAGAAGUCACACUGGUGAGAGGCCAUUUGUCUGUGACUCUGAGGGCUGUGGCUGGUCCUUCACAAGCAUGUCAAAACUGCUGCGACACAAACGGAAACACGAUGAUGACCGUCGCUUCAUCUGUUCAGAGGAGGGUUGUGGGAAGUCCUUCACCCGGGCAGAGCACCUUAAGGGGCACAGUAUCACCCACCUGGGCACCAAGCCCUUCCAGUGCCAUGCAGAAGGUUGUAACGCCAAGUUCUCAGCACGCAGCAGCCUGUACAUUCACUCCAAGAAACACAAGCAGGACGCCAGCACUCUGAGGACCCGCUGCCCCGUGGCCAACUGCUCCAAACACUUCUCCUCACGCAGCAGCCUUAAGAGCCACAUGCUCAAACACCACCACCUCAGUGCUGAUGUUCUGAGCCAGAUGGAGACAACGCCUACCCUCACUCCGAGCAGUGAGCUCAUCAGCUCCACCCCAUCAACUGUUUCUGCUCCGGGUGUUGCCGGGGGCGACCAGCUGACCAACUUGGACCUCAGCUCCCUCUUCUCUAGUGUGCCGGGCGGUCCUGCACCCACCGCUGGCAUCGGGGUGGGAGUUCCUGUGGGUGGCAGCAGUGCGGCAGGCACCUUCACCAUGGACCUCUCCCUGGUCAGCUCAGGCAUCCUCACCAUCGACCCGUCCUCAGUGGGCACCACACUCGGCACCGGCACUAAUGCCACCUUGGCAAAAGCUGUUGACCCACUCAUCUUGGCAACUGGCGCAGACAUGGGCCCACACCACGGGCUGGAAGGGACGGUGGGUGAUGUCCUGCCACCACAGAUCACCCUCAACCUGGAUGACGUGCAGACAGUCACCCCAGAAGCCCUGGGGACGCUCACCGCCCUCACCAUGCAGGGCACUGGUGCUUCUGUGGACGCCACCCUCCAGCACCCGCUCAGCUCCUCCAGCGCUCUGAGUGUUGAGCCCACAGCCUCGCUGGCAGUGGCUCCUGUUGCUGAGCUGCUGGCCUCUCCCUCCAAGGUAGUGGAGGUGGGAGGCCAGGGGGCGACGGGGCCUCUGCUGGGCUGUGUGGAGGUAUUGGGACCCCAAGAGGGAGGCAAGGUCCUCACCCAGUUUGUCCUCCCAGGGCACAGCAGCAACAGCAGCUUCAGCCCGCAGAAAGAGCCAGAGCUGAACGCCGUGUCACCCAGCAGCUUCCUUGAGAGUGGAGGCUCGGCCAGGACUGACUACAGAGCCAUCCAGCUGGCCAAGAAGAAGAAGCAAAGAGGCCCCGCUGCAUCUUCUGGGAGUUCAGGGUUAAGCCAGAGAAAAACAAAAGGAGCAAAGGCCGGGAGUGCCGCAGCCUCACUGGCUCCCUCUGGUGCUCGUUAUGGUGAAGGCACCGCAGCGGCCAAUGGGGGCCUGACUCUUAGGGACCCUGUCACAGGAGCCCAGUAUGUUCAGAUCCAGCUGCUACAGGAUGACCCAGCCAGCGAUGGCGACCUGGCUUUCCAGCUGAGCUCUCAGCCCUCCAGCUCGCACUCUCAGCUCACCGUUGAUCUACCCGUCAACAUCUUACAGGAACCGUCAGUGAUGACCGAGGAUGACAACGGCUCCGAUAACUCCCAGUUCACAGGAAGCACCAUCAAUCUGCAGGACCUGGAGUGACCCAGCAGACCUCAGGGGUCAAAGGUCAGCAGUCGCUGCAGGGUGAAAUGAACUGUUGUGAUCAGUGGCCUCUGCUGUCCACUGAUACAAUUCACACACCGACAACAACGUGAGGUCUUCUGUCACAUGAAAUAGUUUCUUCAUCUUUUUUCCAAGAUUUUCAAAGCCUUUUUGGAUAUAAUGUCAUGAACUUAGUCUGGUGGCGAGAAUGAAUUUGAUCCCACAGUUAAGCACCUUUUUGAGAUAAGUAGAAUGAUAAAUGUAGGGGGAUUCUUCAUUCUGAGGAAUAUUACUGUCUGUCUUUACUCCUGAAAUCUUGUUUGUACCACAAUCAAAACUGAUAGCACUCUUUUAGAGAGACUUGAGCCUUGUGCACAUGCAAGAGGCGCUUAUGUCCAACGGGUGUUUAUUGGUGUCUAUUCUCUGGUGCCACAUUGCCGCUCAUACCCACAGUGUGCUGUUUAUGCUCCAGUUGCCUUACAGAUGCCACAUGCUGUGCACACAAAUACCAUUUGGGUUAUUUGCUUUAUUUGUUCCAUUUUUUAAAAAAAAAAAACCUCUUUGUUAGAUUUAUUUUUAUAUGGCUGUAGCAAUCCAUGUUAAAAACAUGCCGGUCCACUUGUUUAUAUAUGUAAUGUGUUACCUUUUGUGUAAUAAUUUCAUCUAUUUGUUAUUUAUUAGCUUGGGUUUACAGAAUGGCGGAGCCAAACGCAAAGAGAUGAAAUAAAGAAUCAAAGCACAAUCAAGA